UGACGGUGAGCAAUCCUGUGGAGAAAGUGGCCUAUCUUGUAAUAUUCCAUAUUCUCUUUGUGCUCUUUGUGUGGACAUAUUGGAAGUCUGUUUUUACUCUCCCAAUGCAGCCAGGCAAAAAGUUCCACAUGUCCUACGCUGACCAGGAACGCUAUGAAAAUGAAGAGAGGCCAGAGGUGCAGAGACAGAUUCUUGCUGAAAUUGCCAGGAAGCUGCCGGUGUACACAAGAACAGGGAAUGGAGGUCAGCUCAGCAGGGAGCUCUGUGUCUCUAAACCUACCCAAGCGUGCUCGAGUAUUCGCUUCUGUGACAGAUGUCAGCUCAUCAAACCUGAUCGUUGUCACCAUUGCUCUGUGUGUGCUAUAUGUGUGCUAAAAAUGGAUCACCACUGUCCGUGGUACGUCCUGGAUACUG